AUGACUACAAAAGGCAGCCGCGAAGACUUUGAAGCUGUCUUUCCCUCUUUGGUUCAGCAUGUUCUGACACAAGCGAAGCAAUACGGUGUUCCAGAUUCUACUAUAGAAUGGUUUGAGAAGCUUAAUCGCGGACUCUCAGUCGUUGAUACUGGCACCAUUCUACUCAACCGACCUCUCAAUGACCUAGAAUUCCAUGAUCUCAGCGUCCUCGGAUGGGUGGUCGAGCUUCUUCAGGCCCACUUCCUCGUUCACGACGACAUCAUGGACUACUCAGACACUAGACGCGGUCAGCCCUGCUGGUACAAGCUACAAGAAGUAGGGCUCGUCGCCAUCAACGAUGGAACGAUGUUACAUUCUUGCAUUUUCAUGCUCCUUAAGUCUCGUUUCCGCUCACACCCGGCGUAUGUUCAGCUUGUCGAACUUUUCCACGAAACCACGUUCCAGACCCUGCUAGGCCAGCUAUGUGAUUUGGAUACGGCACCUCAUGAGACAGUUGGUUUGGAUCAGUUCUCCAUGGAGCGAUACCUCUGCAUUGUGAAGCACAAAACAGCAUAUUAUAGUUUCUACCUCCCCGUGGUAUUGGCACUGUAUUAUUUGCAGUAUGCGACAUCAAAGAAUCUGCGCCAGGCACGGGAUAUUCUGCUCCAAAUGGGCGAGUACUACCAGAUUCAGGAUGAUUAUCUCGAUGUAUUUGGCGAUCCUGGUGUGCUGGGAAAGGCGGCAACCGACAUUCAGGAUAAUAAAUGUUCCUGGGUGAUUAACGAAGCGUUGAGCCGGUGUUCCGGAUCCCAGCGUCAGAUUCUGGAAGAAUGUUAUGGUCAGGGAGAUGAAGUCUCGGUAAUGAAGGUCAAAUCUGUGUUUAAGGAUCUUGAUCUCCAGCUGGUCUAUCAGGAGCUGGAGCAAGAGUAUGUGAAGGAGUUGCGGAAGAAGAUCGAGGCAGUCGAUGAAUCGGAGGGGCUAGACAAGAGGGUAUUUGAGUCGUUUCUAUCCAAGAUUUAUAAGCGUGAGCAAUGA